ACGGCAUGGUCAGAGCCGAGGUUUCGGUUCAGGCGGAUCUGGAUCGAGGGAGGGAGGCCGAGACCCGCAGGGAUGCUGCCCAUCACAGAGCACCUGCUGCACCUCCUGGGAUUGGAGAAGACGGCGUUCCGUUUGUAUGCCCUGUCCGGGCUCCUUCUCUCCCUGCUCUUCUUCCUCUUCCGUCUGCUGCUGCAGUUCCUGAGGCUCUGCUGGCACUUCUAUAUCACCUGCUGCCGACUGCGCUGCUUCCCCCAGCCGCCCCGGCGCAGCUGGCUGCUGGGCCACCUGGGCAUGUAUCUCCCGAAUGAGACAGGCCUCCAAGAUGAGAAGAAGGUGCUGGACAGCAUGCACCACGUGAUCCUGGUGUGGAUAGGACCUGUCCUGCCACUGUUGGUGCUGGUGCACCCUGACUACAUCAAGCCCCUGGUGGGCGCCUCGGCUGCCAUUGCCCCCAAGGAUGACCUUUUCUAUGGCUUUCUGAAACCUUGGCUGGGAGAUGGGCUGUUGCUCAGCAAAGGUGACAAGUGGAGCCGGCACCGCCGCCUGCUGACACCUGCCUUCCACUUUGACAUACUGAAGCCCUACAUGAAGAUCUUCAACCAGUGCACCGGUAUCAUGCAUGCUAAAUGGCGGUGCUUGGCAGAGGGCUCAGAAGUCUCCCUUGACAUAUUUGAGCAUGUCAGCCUCAUGACCCUGGACAGUCUUCAGAAAUGUGUCUUCAGCUACAACAGCAACUGCCACGAGAAGAUGAGUGAUUACAUCUCGGCCAUCAUUGAGCUGAGUGCACUGGUGGUCCGGCGUCAGUAUCGCCUGCAUCACCACAUUGACUUCAUCUACUAUCACACAGCAGACGGACGGCGUUUCCGGCAGGCCUGUGACACCGUGCAUCACUUCACCACGGAGGUCAUCCAGGAGCGGCGGCGGGCACUACACCAGCUGGGGGCUGAGGCCUGGCUUAAGGCCAAGCAGGGCAAGACCUUGGACUUCAUAGAUGUACUGCUCCUGGCCAGGGAUGAAGAUGGGAAGGAACUGUCAGAUGAGGACAUCCGAGCUGAGGCAGACACCUUCAUGUUUGAAGGUCACGACACAACAUCCAGCGGGCUCUCGUGGGUGCUGUUCAACUUGGCCAAAUAUCCAGAGUACCAGGAGAAGUGCCGGGAAGAGAUCCAGGAAGUCAUGAAAGGUCGGGAGCUGGAGGAACUGGAGUGGGACGACCUAACCCAGCUGCCCUUCACCACUCUGUGCAUCAAGGAAAGCCUCCGCCAGUUCCCACCUGUGACCCUGAUCUCCCGCCGCUGCACAGAGGACAUCAAGCUUCCAGAUGGGCGCAUCAUCCCCAAAGGAAUCAUCUGCCUCGUCAGUGUCUAUGGGACCCACCAUAACCCUACAGUGUGGCCUGACUCCAAGGUGUACAACCCCUAUCGCUUUGACCCGGACAACCCACAGCAGCGCUCCCCGCUGGCUUACAUGCCCUUCUCUGCAGGACCCAGGAACUGCAUCGGACAGAGCUUCGCCAUGGCUGAGAUGCGCGUGGCCGUGGCGCUGACGCUGCUGCGCUUCCGCCUGAGCGUGGACCGAACGCGCAAGGUGCGGCGGAAGCCCGAGCUCAUUCUGCGCGCGGAGAAUGGCAUCUGGCUCAAGGUGGAGCCGCUGCCUCCGCGGGCCUGAGGGUCGGCGCGCCCCUGAGGAUCCCCGGGGGCCCAAGCCCCGCCCAGAGAGGCCCAGGUUCCGCCCCCGAGGGCCCAGGCCCCGCCCUCAAGAUCCUGAGGGCAUAGACCACGCCCGUCGAAGUCCAGGCUCAUUAAGCAGCCUGGUGGCGCAUGCCACACCCACUUAAGGCAAGGCUCCGCCCCUGGAGGGUCUGAUCCCGCCCCCUGAGGUCCAGGUCCCGCCCCCUGAAUGCCAGUUUCUGCCCUCUUGUUUGAAGGACCAGGAUUGGCCACUCCCCUCGGGCUCAGGCCCCGCCCCAGCAUCCUUCGGAUUCAGGUCUUCAGGCUCCGCCCAC